AUGAGGCGCGGUACUUGCGUCCGAUCACUUGUGACGGGUUCGAAGCGCGUGUUUUCAAGCUUCUCAGAAGGAUCGGAUGAGUUUCAGUGGAAGCAGAGGUACCUUCAGGAGCGGAGAGACACUGCGAUGGAAUUCCUCAGUGACUUGAAGAAGCGUGUCCCGAUCCAUGACGCCAUUCGCCAGAGAGCUAUCAUCAACCGCAGCGCCACAAAAGAGGUUCACUGCGCCAAAGUGUUUGAAGAUAUUAGCUCCAUUGGUGACAUUCCUGCAGACUUGGACGAUAGUCGUUCGGUUGUAAGCGAGCUGCUUGAUGACUUGCUGAUGGACGAGAACGCAGCCGACCGAUUGCAGCAUGUGGAUCUGGGUGACGUUCCUCUUUUGGAAAACGAGCUUCUAGGUGAUGACGGCGCGGGCGAGGAGACGAUUCGGCGCUGGUUGAAGCUAAAGCGCGACACUGCAGAUUAUCAGAGCUAUGCGUCGAUUCCUGAAGGGGAACGCUCCUCGUGGUCUGCGUGGUAUUUGCGUCACGUAAAGUGCAAAGACGCAAAUUGA